UACAAGAAGAGGCGGGGCUUUGGGGAAGUUAUUAUCUCCAGCGGGUGAACUGUAAAAUAGUUACAUUGCUGCUGUCUCGCUUAAAACUGUAAACGGGAGGUUUUGCAUGCUUUUGAGACCCCCGAAACACAGAGGGUCUGACCUGGAUUUCUGAUCCAGCAGGUGAAACAGUCCCUUUGCCUGAUCUGGACUUAUUCAGCUGCCAGAAGUUGCCUCCACUGACCACCAAUUCGUGGAAUUCUUUCAAGAUUCUGAUGAACCAGGCUGCCUGAAACAUGAUGCUGACGAGAGGAUCCUUCACCUACUCCAGUGGGGAGGAGUAUCAUGGCGACUGGAAGGAAGGUCGAAGACACGGGGCUGGGCAGUUAAAAUUCUCCGAUGGUACAUGCUAUACAGGACAGUUUGAGAACGGGCUGUUCAACGGCAGUGGAGUCUUGGCAUUUUCUGAUGGGUCAAGGUACGAAGGGGAUUUUGCACAGGGGAAGUUUCAGGGGUGUGGAGUGUUCACUCGGUUUGAUGGGAUGAAGUUUGAAGGGGAGUUCAAAAGUGGACGUGUGGAAGGAUAUGGCUUGUUGACAUUCCCAGAGGGAGCGCACGGAGUCCCCCGGAACGAGGGAGUGUUCGAGAACAACAAGCUGCUGAAAAGAGAGAAGAGCCAGGUAGUGAUCCAGAGGGCGCACAGUGCAGCCAAAACAGCCCGCGGGCUGUCGUUAUGUCAGCGGAGAGACAGCUACCAAUAGGGACCUCAGGGAUGGAUGACAGGGUGGCACUUCACUCUCUUUGUUUCUGUUCUGCUUUGUGUGGUUGGUGCUCAGCAGUACUGCACUACAGUGCUCUGUGUCUCUGCAUUGCUUUGUGGUAAAGCCACUUUUUGCGUGGUUGGUUUUAUGGGGCUUAUCCUGCUGGGGGAAGCUGUAUCUACCAAAAAGGAGCAAUAUGGAACAGAGGGUCUCACUCCGCUUUGAAUUUCCAUAGGGCUUAUACUCCUGGGGCAGUCUGGCUCUGUAUAACUUUCAAUCACAGUGUGAUUCUGUUCUCUUGAGUUUUCAUUACAGACUCUAAUUAGUGAGUCUCAGCCUGUACAGAACAUCAGAACCACAGUCUAAAAGUGCUUACCACAAGCCUGUUAAACCCCAGGUAAGGGCUUCAUGACAUGCAGAGCUACAACACUGUGUCAUCCAUUGCUGAUUGGUACAGCAUUCAAAUACUGACACUCUCUAACCUUUCAGCUGCUUAACGUAGAUUUGAAGUUUAAAUUAAUUUAUGGAAGAAAGCGUGAAUAGUAAUAUUAUUAUUAUCAUUGUUCUUAUUGUUGCUGUUUAUUAUUAUUGUUAUCAUUAUUUAUUAAUGCUAAGGAAGCUUACUUGGUUAUUUUUCACACAUUAUGAAAAUAAAUAGGUUUUACGCUUGUAACAUUAACACACCUUUGCCUUAAUGUUGUGUUUUGUGUUCUUAAGGUGCAAUGGGUUAAUAUGGGGCUACUGGUCACUUGUCUCCAUUCAACUUUUUUUUUUUUUUUUUUUACUGCAGCAUGAUGUGCACAGAAUAAUUUCUUUUUAUGUGCUCUGGAAAGUAACUGAGAUUUCAAAUGAAUAUUUAGGGCUGGUUGUGAGCAAAAACCUGCUAGUACUCUUGCUAGUUCUUGGUUGGUAGGUGGAUGCUAAACACGUCAUGUCUGCUGGGAAGACAGCUUUUUAGUAUCUAACCUGCUGCUGCUGGCAAGCUAACAGCCAAUUCCUCUCCAGUGCUUCAGCAUCUGCUUCCCAGUACAGCGUAGAGGGGUGCUGAACGAUACAGGCCAAGCUCUAUGUUGAAUUAACGAAGCAGGAGUGGGACUUUUCUGAAAAUCUUGCCAGUACAAUGUUUUCUUCAUUUGAUGCAAAAAGAAAUACAUGUUAGAAAAAAUGGGGCGAAAGAGAAAUGAGAACACAAUACAAAUGAUAUGCCUCUGUGUCACACAAAGGCUUGGGGGUCAAUUCAUGUUUUUAAAUUCCAAUUCCAUUUUCAAUUAAUCAAAUCAAUUCCAAUUCCCAUUCCCUUUUAAUUAAUUCCAACACACCAUUGAUCACAAUUAUUUAAUUACUUAAAUUGAAGUCUCUGUUAUUGAGUUUAAUUGGCUUCAAAUGAAGGCAAUUGAACAAUCAUAACAAUUAUUAAGUCUCAAAAAUAUAAAUUGCAGUUCCUACGCAGGACUCCAGGUCAGACUUGUCUUCUCACAAUGACUCAGUGAUCCAGUUAUAAAUAAGUCCACACUAGUGAUCAAGUUAUAUAAAUAAAUGGGUUGAACCAGACCUGACUUGGUAUUAAAAGCACCUAACAUUAACAAACUAACAUUUAUUUGUAGAUUAAUCAUUCUGAAUAAAACAAACCCCACCCAUCUUGACUGGUAUAUUCAUUUAAAAUGGAUGCCGGUCAUGUCUGUUCCAACUCCUGGUUGCCAAAGUGAUAUUCAGACUACAGCGUGACACGGCUUAGUCUGUUGACUCUUCCUUAUGGAUACCACUGCGUGAUUAGGCCAUUUACAAUGUUGGUCUUGGGACGUUACAAAUAAAGGGAACUAAAAAGUGUUCCCAUGCCAAUAUCUAAUCAGGGUAAAGUCCAGUCUGAAAUACCUUAGGACUGUAUUUGUUCCUGAAAAAAAAAAAAAAAGCUGGUUAACAAAGCCAAGCAAAACAUGAUCACACAGUUCAGAAGCCCUGUGCUGUACACAGCCCGCCUAUGCAGGCAGAAGCAAAUGUCAGGAAUUUUAAAAAGUAAAGCUAGUGAAAUGCACUGAAAUCUUUAAAAGUGGAGAAUCUCUGGCUCAUUGUACCUAGUUUAGAUUACAACAGCAGAAUCUGUAUUUUAAUCCCGUCAUUUAAAACAUAAGCCCUCAGGAAUGUUCUGGCUAUAUAUAAAUGUUUUAUUUUUUUUUAUUUUUUAUUUUUUUUUAAAUCAUGGUCUGAAUCUUAUUUAUGGUAACCAGGAGUUGGUACAGACAUGACAAGCAUCAAUUUUAAAAGAUUAUACCAGUCAAGGUGUGUGGGCUUUUUAUGCAAAACAAUUAAACUACAUAACAAUGUUAGUCCAAGAUUGAAACAAUACUUGUCUGCAGAUUAAAUGACCUCUUUGACAGAAUUAGAUUCCAUGUGUGGGUUAUGGGGGCAGUUAUUGCUGCUUUUAAUACAGAUCAGAAUAAUUGUUGUUUAAUUAUUGAUGUUGUAGAUUUUUGUAGUUGGUGUGCUUCUUAUAUUCUUCAUGGCCUUUUCUUUGAAAUAUUGCUGAGCUGCUGUUUGUGCCUUGAGCUUAAGCCUUGCAAUAUAUUCAAACCUUCCCCUCACCCCAUAAGCAAACAGAGGCCCAGUCCUCUUCCUGACAGCUCUACAAAGCAGUCUACACAGUGAUUGUUUUGGGAGUGGGGGGGGUUUGUGUGGGUUUGGAGUUGCUGUUUGGGAAUAGGUGUUCUGAUUGUCAAAUGGGGGCUUUAAAAUCCAGGGGGGACGACCUUGAUAACUGACUGCUGCAUCAUUUUUUAUAUUAGAAUGUUUUUUUUUCUAAAGAGCAGUGCCCCCAUGUGGUUAAUCUGCGAAAUACACUGUAGAUGCAACAUGGAAUGCAAGACUCAAAUAUUGUUCAGAAAGACACUGAGUUUUUGCAUUGUGUGCAGCUUGCUGUUACGUGAAAGCUUUAACACAACUGUAACCAAGAAGUACUGAAAUAAAUACCUUUACAUUACA